AUGGUGUUCUACAAUGAAGCCUCCGGGCUAGUACAGUGCACUACGAUGUGGUCUAUUGUGUACUUGCCAGGAGUGAAUCCAGACUACUCCAGUGUGAUGGCAGCCUGUGCUGAGGAAGGGGCGGAGGGAGAGCAGACUGAGGGGCCUUCACUGAACAUGACGGACCUGCCGCCCGUCACCCAGACCAGGUUCACCGCCGUGAGAGACCCGACGCUGGUGCUGGAGGAAGAGGAGCCUUAUUUCGACAUGUCAAUGUCCCCGACGCAGACGGCGUACCUGGGGAAGACGGCGACGCUCACCUGCUUGGUGCACGCGGCCAAGAACGACAAGUCGUUUGUAAAUCGCGUCCAGGCUCCAGCAUCUACGUGGCUAGUCUUUCUUACUCCAAGCCGCCCUCCUCCACAGGUGUCGUGGAUCCGCGGGCGCGACCUGCGGAUCCUGACGGUGGGCGGCUACACGUACACGACGGACCUGCGCUUCGAGGCCUUCCACCAGCCGCACAGCACGGAGUGGACGCUCAGGAUCAAGUCGGUGCAGCUGCGCGACCAGGGCGGCUACGAGUGCCAGAUCGCCACCAAGCCCAUCAGGACGUACCAUGUGUUCCUCAAGGUGGAAGAGCCGUCGGUGGAAGUGGUCGGCGCCCCAGACAUCUACGUCAACAGGGCGAGCAUGAUCAACCUCACGUGCGUAGUCUACCAUGCGCCGUACCCGCCCGAGGACAUCAUCUGGUACCAUGGCAACCAGACCAUCAGCUACACGUCCCCGCGGGGCGGCGUGAGCGUGGUGGAGGAGCGCGGCGAGACCACCACCAGCAUCCUCCUCCUGCAGAAGGCGAGGGCGUCCGACUCCGGCACCUUCAUUUGCCAGCCGGAGAACAUGGACGCCGCUCAGGUUACUCUCCAUGUCUUGGACGGUGAGCAUCCCGCCGCCAUGCAGACCAACUCCAGCUGCCAGAGCACGCCCGGGCUGUCCGCUCUGGUCAUGGUUGCCGUCAUGACAACUAUUGCCCGCCCCUCGAGCCAAAACUGGAGUGAAGUCCAGGCACGUUUUAAGGCGAAGUCGCCGUGGUGUGCGCGAGCCGCCUUCGGGCUGCUGACUGGAAGGUCCGACAUGUCCGCUUGGCAAGAAAGCCACGCCGACGAGGCUCCGAAGGCUCCCGAAGGCUAG